AUGGUCAACUCCUGCUGUGGAUCCGUCUGCUCUGACCAGGGCUGUGGCCAAGGCUGCUGCCAGGAGACCUGCUGCCGCCCCAGCUGCUGUGGCUCCAGCUGCUGCCGCCCCUCCUGUUGCAUCUCCAGCUGCUGCCGCCCCUCUUGCUGUGGUUCCAGCUGCUGCCGCCCCUCUUGCUGUGGUUCCAGCUGCUGCCGCCCCUCCUGCUGCAUCUCCAGCUGCUGCCGCCCCUCUUGCUGUGGUUCCAGCUGCUGCCGCCCCAGCUGCUGCAUUUCUAGCUGCUGCCGCCCCUCUUGCUGUGGUUCUAGCUGCUGUGGCUCCAGCUGCUGCCGCCCCAGCUGCUGCAUUUCUAGCUGCUGCCGCCCCUCUUGCUGUGGCUCCAGCUGCUGUGGCUCCAGCUGCUGCCGGCCCUGCUGCUGCCCCUGCUGCUGCCAGACCACCUGCUGCCGCCCCAGAUGCUGUGGUUCCUGCUGCUGCCGCCCCAGCUGCUGCAUUUCUAGCUGCUGCCGCCCCUCCUGCUGUGGCUCCAGCUGCUGCCGCCCCACCUGUUGCAUCUCCAGCUGCUGCCGCCCCACCUGUUGCAUCUCCAGCUGCUGUCGCCCCUCUUGUUGUGGCUCCAGCUGCUGCCGCCCCUCUUGCUGUGGCUCCAGCUGCUGUGGCUCCAGCUGCUGCCGCCCCUCCUGUUGCAUCUCCAGCUGCUGCCGCCCCUCUUGCUGUGGCUCCAGCUGCUGUGGCUCCAGCUGCUGCCGGCCCUGCUGCUGCCCCUGCUGCUGCCUCCGCCCAGUCUGUGGCCAGGUCUCCUGCCACACCAAUUGCUAUCGCCCCACCUGUGUCAUCUCCACCUGCCCCCGCCCCAUGUGCUGUGCCGUCUGUGACUGCUGA